AAGUUUGUAGAGAGAGAAAUAGAACAAAGACCAAAACCGAGGGAGGGGAGAGAGAAAAAGGCAGCGAAGUUAUAAAGAAAUUCUUAACUUUACCGUACUAUUUUUUCUACGUUUCCAACUUUGGUUGCCUUUUACUUAAUUUUUCUGCUUCAUUGUGUUUAGGGUGUUUAUCGAUUUGAGCUUAUAUUUAUUUGAUUUGAGCUUAAAUUGAGUUGAAUUUUAAUUGAAGUCAGAGUUCUUUUUUUUUUUUUCUUCUCUCAAAUCUAAGUUUGCCGUGCUCUAGUUCUCUUUCUUGAUUCAAUGAAUCCCAGUUCUUUCCCAUCUUCAUUUCAUUUUGGUUCUUAAUGUUUAAUAUAAUUAAGAACUUAAGCUUUUAGAAAGUUACUUCCAGCUUUUUCUCUCUCAGCAGUUCGCUUUCCAACGUCAAUUUUGUUCUGCAUUUUGCUAAGUUUCAUGCUCCUCCAACUUCACUGCAACUUUGUUUUUCUCUUUCUGGAAAACCCAUUUUCUUAAUUGAUUCAGAUUUGAAUCGUUUUUAGUAGUUCUUGAACUUUGAGCUUACGCCUUUGGUCGGUGGAACUCUGCUGUUUGUUUUGUUCGAUUCCUGACUUGGGUUUUCUGGGUUGGAGGAUGUUUGAGGGAGUUCGGUUUUCUCAAUAAGAAGAAUCAGAGGUGGGUUUGACAUCAAUGGGUUGGAAGAGAUCUUCGAGGAAUGGCAAUUUGAGGAUUUGGGUGCAGGUUUUAGUUGGAUUCGUGGUCUGUGCAGCCCAAGUUCUUUUGGGAAUUACGAAUCCAGGGGAUUUUUCUGCUAUUAGUAGCUUACAUACUGCACUUGGACUCCCCAGUCUUCCUGGAUGGGGCAUCGGGCAAGACCCAUGUGGAGACGCAUGGCAGGGUGUUGUUUGUAAUGAUUCAAGUAUCAUUAGAAUAAUCAUUAAUGCUGCUAAUUUGGGAGGUGAACUUGGUGACAACUUGGGAUUGUUUUCUUCAAUCCAAACGAUUGAUUUAAGCAACAAUCAUAUAGGGGGAAGUAUACCAUCCAAUUUACCCGUUACCCUGCAGAAUUUUUUUCUUUCAGCUAAUCAGUUCACAGGAAGCAUUCCGAGUUCAUUAUCAUCCUUGACUCAACUGACAGCAAUGUCGUUGAAUGAUAACAAAUUAAGCGGAGAAAUACCUGAUUCCUUUCAAGUCAUUUCUCAAUUGGUCAAUUUUGACUUAUCCAACAACAACUUGAGUGGGCCACUGCCUCCAUCUGUCAGCAAUUUAUUGGCAUUGACCACCCUGCAUUUGCAGAACAAUCAGCUGUCAGGAACCCUUGAUGUUCUACAAGAUCUUCCACUGAAAGACUUGAAUAUAGAGAACAACCUUUUUUCUGGACCCAUACCUGAGAAGGUGCUGAGUAUCCCUAAUUUCAGAAAGGAUGGAAACCCAUUUAAUUCUUCUGUCUCUCCGACAUCUCCUCCUGUAUCUCCUUCUCCACCAUCAAAGCCAGCACCAGCCCCGCCCGUUUCUGGAGGACCACCAGUUUCUGGAGCACCUCCAUCUUCUCAACAAAGACCUAAGAAACAGGCUGAUGGACCAUCGGCUUCUGAGGAAUCCAGUUCUGGAAAAAAUAAGAAAAGCACUAAAAGGGUUGUUUUAAUAACAAUUGCAGUGGUUUUGUCUUUCAUAAUUUUGGUCUUGGCAUGCGUGCUCUUUAUGCCAAGGUGCAGAAGAAGAAGAAGAAGUGAUAGUGUUUCAAAGCGACAUCAGAUAGGUGCUUAUAGGGGUGAGAGAGAGAACGUUGGAAAUCAGGGAGCCAUGCCCCAAACAAAUGAUCAGAUACCUAAAGUAGUUCCAAAAGAGCCAGUUGUAAGGAUGAAGCAGGAGACUCAAACAGAGGUUCAGAAGGUUCCAAAAGAUAAUGUAGAGAGAGAGAAAAACAUGCCAAGAAUGAGCGCCAUUCCAAAGAAGGAUCAUCAUGAAGUAGAUAUGAGCACACUCGAUGUCUAUCUAAUGCCUCCUCCUCCCCCUCCCCCUCCCCCACCACCUCCUCCUCCCCCUCCCCCUCCCCCUCCUGUUGAAGAGGUCACUGCCGUGCCCACUGUUCCAGCCGAAGUUCCUCCCUUGAAGCCUCUCACUAAAAAUAAAAUUACCUUACCUUUUGCGAGACCUUAUACCAUUGCGUCCCUUCAGCAAUAUACAAACAGCUUUUCACAAGAGAAUCUUCUAGGAGAAGGAAUGCUGGGAAAUGUUUAUAGGGCACACCUCCCCAGUGGGAAAGUACUGGCCGUCAAGAAACUGGAUAAGAGAGCAUUCAGUCUGCAAAAGGAUGAUGAGUUUCUCGAGCUGGUCAAUAAUAUUGAUAGAAUCCGACAUGCUAAUGUGGUUGAGCUCAGUGGUUACUGUGCAGAGCAUGGUGAAAGGCUUCUUAUCUUUGAGUAUUGCAGUGGUGGAACAUUGCAGGAUGCACUGCACUCAGACGAAGAGUUCAGAAAGAAGCUUUCAUGGAAUGCCCGCAUUAGAAUGGCUCUUGGGGCUGCAAGAGCCUUGGAGUAUUUGCAUGAGGUCUGUCAGCCACCUGUUAUUCAUAGGAACUUCAAAUCUGCGAAUAUUCUACUGGAUGAUGAUCUUUCAGUGCGUGUUUCAGAUUGUGGGCUGGCUCCACUAAUAUCAAAAGGAGCUGUUAGUCAGCUCUCUGGUCAGCUUCUAACUGCAUAUGGUUAUGGAGCGCCAGAAUUUGAAUCAGGUGUUUAUACACUUGAGAGUGAUGUUUACAGCUUUGGUGUGGUUAUGCUGGAACUUCUAACUGGCCGGAUGUCUUACGACAGAACAAGGAUCAGAGGUGAGCAGUUUCUAGUUAGAUGGGCAAUUCCGCAGCUUCACGACAUAGAGGCAUUGACAAGCAUGGUUGAUCCUUCACUCAAUGGUCGAUACCCUGCCAAGUCCUUAUCAUACUUUGCCGAUAUCAUAUCUAAAUGUGUUCAGUCCGAGCCUGAAUUCCGGCCACCAAUGUCAUCAGUUGUUCAAGACUUGCUCAACAUGAUUAGGAGAGAACCACAAGGCAGUGGUUCAAGUGAGGGUUGAUAUGGUUUUUGCUUAGAGUUAGCCAAAUCCAUUCAGCUAAGAAGCAAAAUAACUUCAGAAAAAUUUGCCAUAUUUCUCAUAGAAGACCAAAGAUUUUCGAGCGAAUUCCAAUUGUAACAUGCUCAAGUUUUGCAAACCAACUUACGAGCCAUUCGUCUUCUUCCAUCUGCUUUAUCUAAAGAGAACACUUUCGUAGCAGCAGAGCUUCAAUUCUUGUGGUGAAUCAUUUGUAAUCUGUAAUCAUUCCAUUGUUUAAACUAGAUAGUGAUGUGUAUUCUGAAGAAAUAUAUGCUAACCCAUUGUUGGUGUCACUUCCAUUGUUUAGUUACCUUUUAAUUCUUAAUAAUGAAAAAUAUAUUUCUUUUAUGAGA